AUGUUCAGCUCCACAGCUGCUCGCCAGGCCGCCAGAGCACUGCGUCAGAGCUCUCGCCCCGCGGCCUUUGCUGCUGCUCCUCCUCGCGCUUUCGUCUCUAGCACAUUCUCCCGUCAUCUCUCCUACACCAUCCCUCGCGCGCAGAACGACAACAAGAAAGAUCCGCUCAUCUCGGCGACAACCAGCGCCCCCCAACGCGAGUCUGGUGAGCAGGAAGGUCGAUUCGCUCGUACCGAUGAGAGUGUCGUGAUCGAAUACCCCGAUGACGCCGACAUGCCUCGCACGCCCAUCGUCCAAGGCCGCGGUGGAAUGCACUUCAAACGAACUCUGGCCCAGUUCUCGUUAGAAAACAAGGUCAGCUUGGUCACAGGAGGUGCCCGUGGGUUGGGCUUGGUGAUGGCCCAGGGACUUGUUGCAUCGGGCUCUGAUUUGGCCAUUGUUGAUCUAAACAGAGAGGAGGCCGAGGAGCAGGCGGGAAAGAUCAUGGAGCAGUUCAAGAAGGAGAACCCCGGAUUGGAGCAAAUGCCCAACGUCACCGCCCAUUAUGCCGACGUGUCCAACCCUGACUCCGUGAAUGCGGCCAUUGAGGAAGUCCUCUCCAAGCACAACCAGAUCGACCACUUGGUGACCUCGGCUGGCUUCACUGAGAACUUCGACGCCAUCUCCUACCCAUACGACCGCAUCCAGAAACUCUGGGGUGUCAACGUUGACGGCACAUACUUGUUCGCAACUGCUGUCGCCAAGCACCUGAUGGAGCGCAAGGCUCCCGGCAGCAUUGUCAUGAUCGGUAGCAUGUCCGGCGCCAUUGUCAACGUCCCUCAGCCCCAAGCUCCCUACAACGCGGCCAAGGCUGCUGUUCGUCAUCUGGCCGCCUCUCUCGCCGUGGAGUGGGCUGCUCACAAUAUCCGGGUCAACUGCAUCAGCCCCGGCUAUAUGUUGACUGCCUUGACUCGCAAGAUCCUUGACGAGAACCCUGACCUCAGAGAUAAGUGGAUCUCGCUAAUCCCCGCCGGAAAGAUGGGCACUCCCGAAGACCUCAUGGGUGCCGUCACUUUCCUCCUCAGCGAUGCCUCCAAGUACAUCACCGGUGCCGAUCUCCGUGUUGACGGAGGCUACACCCUGACCUAA